UUUUUUAUUGUUUCUGUCUUUUUGUAUUUUUUUCAUAUUUUCAACUCUUAGAUAGACAAUAAGAAAAGUAGGCAAUUUCCAUAAAUAUCAUUUUAACGGUACCGAAUAAAAUCCAUUAUGAUUGAUAAAUAUACGGCGAUAAUAUUAUACGUACAUGUAGAAGACAUCGAAUGUACUAAAUCUAAAAUGAGGACAGUUCAGUUUAGCUCCAGUCUUUGUACAACGAUCGUGACCUACACCAAGGAAAUUAAACCACCCCGUAUUAUAUACUAUAUUGUCCGUCUUCUCAAGAAAGAUAAAAUGAAGAUUAAUAUCAUUUUUAUUAUCAUGCUGAUACAAUUUUUUGUAAAUUGUUUGAGUGUACCAGUAGCUAAAUACAUGGAGGGUCUUGGGAAGUUUUGCGGUUCAAAAUUGGCAAUUGAACUUUCUAUCUUAUGUAAGGGGAAGUACAAUGAAGCUAGAGGAAAUGUAAAUCAGCGCCCAAAACGUGGUAUUGUCGAAGAAUGUUGUUUAACAAGUUGUACAAGGAAAUACAUAAAAGAUAAUUAUUGUGGACCUGAAUCGACUGAACCAAAUAUACAGUUGAAAUAA